GUGAAAACAAUUAAUUUUACUUAAAAUGGAUUCUGAUCAAUUAAUAUUUCUAUCAAGAGAGGAAGUAAAAAGUUUGCUUGAAUGGGACUGGUUAGUUGAAAAAAUUGAACAAGCAUUCCGAUCUACAAGCGAUGGAACUGGCCAUCAAUUAAGUAGAAUUUCAUUGCGUCAUAAAGAUGGUUUAUUUGCAUUAAUGCCAGGUUUUGUUGAGAGUAAGCAAAAUAAUGAAACCGAUAAUGGGCAAUUACUUGUUCUUAAAACUUUAAAUAUAUUUACUAGACCCGGAUUACCACCACUUGUUGCAACUAUUUUCGUCUUUGAUAUUAGCACUACAGGACAUUUAAAAUGUGUGAUGGAUGGAGAAGAAAUAACUGGAUGGAGAACAGCUGCAGCUUCCGCAGUCGUUACCAAAAAUAUUUAUAAAAAUGUUCCAAGUAAUAAGACCGAUGUGUUAGCUGUUUUUGGAGCUGGAGUUCAAGCCAAGUGCCAUAUUGAGUGUUAUCAACAUUUAUUCAAAUUUAAGGAGGUAAGAAUUUGGGCUCGAAAUGCCAAACAAGGAGAAAAAUUGGUUGCUGAUUUAAAAACAGCUAAUGUUUGUGGAAAUAUUAAAUACAGUUCAAGCAAACAAGAAUGUGCAACAAAUGCUGAUGUUAUAAUAACAACGACUACAUCGCCUGUACCACUUGUGCAGUACAGUUGGUUGAAGCCCAACGCACAUAUAGUUUCAAUCGGAGUUAGUCCUGGUUCCAGAGUGAAUGAACUUGAUUUAGAAAUUUAUCGCCAUGCUUGGCUCUGUGUUGAUUCGAUUGCCACAGCCAAUAGUGAUCUACCCAUACUCAAAGAGGCAAACGCUGUUAUUAGCGGUGAGGUUGGUGAUAUACUGACAGGAAAAGUAUCAUUACCGCCGAGUAAUAAAAUAACGAUUUUCCAUUCUUUAGGAAUGGCAGUUGAAGAUGUUGUUACGGCUGAAACUGUAUAUAAAAAAUAUGUUUCUAAGUUACAAAGUACUUAAAAUAAAUAAAAAAUUUAUUAUUGUUUUUUAAAUACAACAGGGUUUGAUAAUUUGAAUAUCGUUGUUAACAUUGUCGCCAAAGAUGUAAAGACGGACGUUGAAAUACCCUGAAAAAUUUUUAAAAUGUAU